UAAUUGCCCAUACUGGCCGCCAGUUCUGACCAAGUUUGCUUUAAAUAUAGGAUUUUCUUUAGCCCAAUAGCCAGACCAUGGCUUCAGAGCAAGCUGCAAAAUGUUUAGUAAUAAUACUACUAUCAAUCACCUUACUGGUUAUUUCUGUGUCAGCUACACCAUCAAACAAGAGAAAAUCCUUGAACACCAUCAAGGAAGUGAACCGUAAGGGGCCAUACAUUGGUCUCAUCACGGUCUUUCCACCUGAAGAGGAUGCUUUUUUCACGACAGGGGCUUUUGAGAUUAACCCACAUCACCCUUUUGUGGAUCUUUCAGGGAGGCGAUUCAGAAUUGGAAAAGUCCAUGGGAGGAAAGUCAUCUAUGUGAGAUGUGGAGUUGGGAUGGUGAAUGCUGCUGCAGCAACACAACAAAUGCUGGAUCUGUUUGACAUAAGGGGAAUUGUCCAUUUUGGUAUUGCUGGGAAUGCUAACAACUCCAUGUCUAUAGGAGAUGUCACUAUCCCCAAACAAUUUGCUCAUACUGGCAUCUGGGAUUGGCUGAAACCCAAUGGAAUAUUGCCCUCCGACGAUGUUGCUCACUUAGACAUUGGGAGUUAUAAUGUUCCUAAAGGAGGAGUGAAUCUCUUGGGACGUAUUGGAUAUAGUUAUGAGCAGUUCUUUUCUGAGACGGGAAAGCCUGACGCUGCUCAACCGUUGGUUUGGGCCAAGAUAAGCCAGCAUUGGCUACGACUCGCUGCUAAAUUGGAGGGCAUGGAACUGCAACAGUGUGUAAACUCAAGCAACUGCCUCCCACAAAAACCUAAACUAGUAGUUGGUCUUAGGGGGUCAACAUCCAACAUUUUUGUGGACAAUGCAGCUUACAGAGACUUCCUGUUUCAAACUUUUCAUGUUUCAUCGGUGGAUAUGGAGAGUGCAGCUGUAGCAAUGACAACCUUGUCAAAUGGCUUCCCUGUGAUUGUGAUCCGAGGACUAUCAGACUUGGCUGGGGGACAAGCAGGGCAGAACUCAAUCCGGAUAUUUGGGCCCCUUGCAGCUCUCAAUGCAGCCAAAGUUGUCGUUCAAUUUAUUAGGACACUCUCAGAUGAUCCUUCUCAACACUAAUUUUUCCUUCCAACAUUGUGGUUCACCUAUUAAAGCUAGCAUUAGAAUAAUAAGAAGGAAAAAUGGUUGGUAAAUAUAUGAUUACUUGUAUUUCCUUAUUAUCACUGUCAAUUCCUACUAGUGAAGGCACUUUGAGUGUAGUAGGAGCUAAGAUAAUGGGCAUAUAAACUAGCAUGACAUCUAUAGUUCUUGUACCAUGGACUGAUCAUUGAGAGGAAAGUGUUGUGAAGCCGGCCUCAAGGGCACUAGAAAUAUGACAUCUCCAUUAGCUUUA